AUGAAGGAAGAACAAGAGGUGGAAGAGUUCCAACAACAAGUUGAAGAACAAGAAGAUCAAGGAACACAAAAUGAUAUUACCAACGAACCUCAAGAAAAUGAUGAUGUACCACCAGAAGAACCAGUAACUAAAAGAGAUGAUGAAGAUGAUGAUAAUGUAUCCGACGAUAUUGAUGAAGAUGAAUUAAAUGAUUUGAAUGAUGGGAAUGAUUAUGAUGAAGAAGAUGAUAAUGUUUAUUCGUUAAAAGCCCAUAAAUCCAAAAAUUCCAAUGCUACCAGAAAGAAGAAUGUGAGAAGAAGUAAUAGAGAUGAUGAACCAUUAACCACAAUGAUGGGUAACGAAAAUCAACAAAUCGAUGAAGAGAACGGAAUUGAUUAUUCAAACGAAGAUCCAGCAAGUCGUAAAAGAAGAUUAUUAGAAGAAAAAAUGGAUUUAGCCAUUAAGAAUAAAGGAUUAAAACGUAAGAAGGCAGAUGAAGAUGAUUUAGAAAGAAUGCAAGAUGACAAAAUUGAUUAUUUAAAACAAAAAAUGAUUCAAGCAGCUUCUAUUGAUGAAGAAAAAUCCGAAAAAGGAUUAAUAGCCACAGAAAAAUUAAAAUUAUUAGAUGAAGUUGUUAGUGUCAUGUCUCAAGCAGACUUAGCUAUAAGUAUUUUAGAUAAUAAUUUGUUAGAUGCUGUAAGAUUAUGGUUAGAACCAUUACCAAAUGCAUCAAUGCCAGCUUAUCAAAUCCAAAAACAAUUGAUUCAAUCAUUAGUUGAUUUACCUAUUAAAACUGAUCAUUUAGUUGCUUCAGGUAUUGGUAAAGUAAUGGUUUUCUAUCAACGUAGUAAAAGAGUUGAAUUAAAUUUAAAGAAAAUUGUUGAUCAAUUGAUUGGUGACUGGACAAGACCAAUUUUAAAUAAAUCUGAUUCUUAUAAAGAUAGAACAAUUCAAUUUCAAGAUUAUAAUAAGGGUAAAUUUGUAAAUAAAUUAUCAUCAUCAAGACCAAAAGUCAAAGCCGAACCUAAAACUUUAUAUGAAGAAAGUGCUGAAAGAAGAAAUAGAGCUGCUAUACCAAGUGCUAGAACAAGUGCUUAUAAAAUUGCUCCAAAAGUUAACACUGAUUUAUUGAACAGAAGAAGAAAUAUGGGAGGUAACGAUGAAAGAUUCAAAAGAAUUAAUCAAAAGAUUAAUUCCAAGAAGAAAGCUACUGGUAAGAAGAAUGGGCCAUCAAUUGAAGGUAGAAAUUUACCUAUGUAA